AUGUCGAGAAACUUUCCACUUUUGUUCAUUUCAAUUUUUGUCAUUGUUGUUGUGUCUUGUGAAUUUGAGAAAUCAUUUUUUGUCGCUAAAAAGCAGUCCCUUAGGAGUGAGACGACCUUCAAUGAUGAGAUGGAAGGAAGUUCAAAGAAUAAAAUUGAGAGAAAUCGAGCAGCUGAAGAACGAAUAAAUUUGAGUUUUCCAGGAACGAAAUGGUGCGGCCCAGGAAAUACAGCAAAUGACUUUGAAGAUCUAGGAAGCGAGCCAGAUGUCGAUAAAUGUUGCCGAGCACAUGAUCACUGUGAUAACAUUGCAUCCGGUGAGGAGAAGUACGGCCUUAAAAAUGAUGACUACUUUACACGUCUCCACUGUCUUUGUGACAAAGAAUUCAAGCAGUGUCUUCGAGCUGUCAAUUCUCGUCGUGGUAAUUACAUCGGAAAUUUCUAUUUCAAUUUACGUGAUCGAUGCUAUAAAGAGCAACAUCCCAUCGUUGACUGCAAUGAGAUCCACAAUAAAAUAUUCGUUCGACGUUGCAUUAAGUACAUGAUUGAUGUAAAGCAGCCACGGGUUUGGCAGUGGUUUGAUUUGCCAUUUUUUGACGAUGAACAUGAUUUUGAGUUUGUUGAUGACAAGCCAUCGAGAGAUUUUGUGGAAGAUAAUCAGAUUUACUUGAAUGGGAAUUUUUUGUGA